AUGAGUUGGAUUACGCUAUUUUGUUGCGGCAAUCGACCAAUUGACCACGAUUAUGAAGAAGUGAGUGUUGAGGAUGAGGGUGAAGGAUGGAGACUAAAAUUUUGUACAAGGACUUCUUUGUCAAAGCGUUCGUUAGAUUGUGCUUGCGUUGGUGCUGGUGCUGGUGCUGGUGCUGAUUCUUCUGGAUUGACACGCAAUUCACUGUCUUCCUUGUUCAAGAACCUCUUCUUGUUCGUCUCGCCUUCGAAUUCGAUUGAACCCAUCAAUAUCCAAGAAUCCAAACAACAAAGCCCAUUCGAAGAUCUCUAUUUCUCUUUUCCGGCCUUGGAAGAAGCCGAUCCGGAACAACAGCAUUACAUUGCCGAGUCCAAUCGAUAAAUAUAUAUAUAUAUAUAUUUUUUAAAAAAAAAAACCUUAAAAAGACAAAUGUCGGCCGGUCGGGUUGGGUCAGCCAGAUAGCCAGACAGCCAAACACAACAGCAACAGCAACAACUAAUCAUUAAUCAUAAAUCAUAAUCACGGACACAUAUAUAUUUCUUUUUACUUGAUAUCAUUAUUACUACUGUACAUACAAAACUUUUACCCUUGUCAUUUCCAUCGCUUUAUUCCUUUCAUCUUGCAAACCACUUAUUUUGUUACCUUAUUACCUCUUAUCUUACUCUAAAUCCAUCCCUCUAUAAUCUCACAUUUCAUCCCUCAACGUCAACUUGAACCCAAAUUUUGAUGAGUAACUUGUCUCAUUAAUCAAAUGUAUAAAAAAAAAUUCCCUAGAAUUUAUAAAUAAAUCAUUGUUAUCAAAUCUA